AUGAGAGCGGGGUUGAGUACGAUCCAGCAAACCUUAACCCCAGAGGCGGCGAGCGUGUUGAACCACUCGAUCGCCGAAGCGGGUCGACGGAACCACGGACAAACGACGCCGCUACACGUGGCGGCAACCCUUUUGUCCUCGCCCACCGGCUUCCUCCGUCAAGCAUGCAUCAAAUCUCACCCCAAUUCUUCUCACCCUCUACAGUGCAGAGCUCUCGAGCUCUGCUUCAGUGUGGCGCUCGAGCGCUUGCCCACCGCCCAAAACAUGAGCCCCGGCAUGGAGCCCCCUAUCUCCAAUGCUCUCAUGGCCGCCUUGAAGCGAGCUCAGGCUCAUCAGCGCAGAGGCUGCCCAGAGCAGCAGCAGCAGCCUCUCUUAGCGGUCAAAGUUGAGCUCGAGCAGCUCAUAAUCUCAAUUCUCGAUGACCCAAGUGUGAGCCGAGUGAUGCGUGAGGCUAGUUUUUCUAGCCCCGCCGUUAAAGCCACUAUUGAACAAUCGCUCAACUCUUCAGCCGCCGCCGCCUCCUCUGCUGCCGUCAAUUCCUCCCCAAUUGGAUUGGGAUUCCGCCCGGGCGGCCCUCCCGCAGCGCCCCCUGGGAGCCGGAAUUUGUAUUUGAAUCCGAGGCUGCAGCCGCAGGGGGCUGCUGCUGCGCAAUCCGGACAACAUAGAGGAGAGGAGGUUAAGAGGGUUGCUGAUAUAUUGUUGAAAGCGAAGAAGAGGAACCCUGUGUUAGUCGGUGAUUCGGAGCCCGAGGCAGUGACGAAAGAGGUCUUGAGGAAGAUUGAGAACAGGGAAUUGGGUGAAGGGCUGCUGAAGAAUGUUGAGGUUGUUCAUUUGGAGAAGGAGGUUUCUUUGGAUAGGAACCAGAUAGUUGGGAAAAUGAAGGAAUUAGGGGGUUUGGUUGAGACCCGGAUGGCGAAUUCGAAUGGGGGUGGAGUGAUUCUUAAUUUGGGUGACUUGAAAUGGCUGGUGGAACAGCCUGGCAGCUUUGGAAGGGUUCCUGGUUCAGGUCCGGUCCCGCAGCAGGUGGUUUCGGAGGCGGGGCGGGCAGCGGUGGUCGAAAUGGGAAGGCUAUUGGCCAGGUUUGGAGAGGGUGGUGAUAAUGGUGGCCGGCUUUGGUUGAUCGGAACUGCUACUUGUGAGACUUAUUUGAGGUGCCAAGUCUAUCACCCUUCAAUGGAAACUGAAUGGGAUCUACAUGCAGUGCCAAUUGCUCCCCGAACGCCUCUUUCAGGAUUGUUUCCAAGGAUUGGGACGACCAACGGGAUCCUCAGUAGCUCAGUUGAAUCUUUGUCCCCAUUGAAAAGCUUUCCAACUACAUCAAUUCCUCAACCAAGACUUCUCUCUGAGAACUUGGAUCCUACUCGAAGAUCAAGCUAUUGUCCACAAUGUACACAGAGUUAUGAGCAAGAACUUGCAAAACUGGUUGCCAAGGAGUCUGAGAAAUCAUCAGAAGCAGCACAACCACCACUACCACAGUGGUUGCAGAAUGCUAAAGCCCGUGAUGGUCAUGCCAAAACAUUAGAUGAAACGCAGACUAAAGACCAAGAUCCGAUCCUGAAGCAGAAGACUCAAGAACUACAGAAAGAAUGGAGGGAUACAUGUGUGCGUCUUCAUCCUAGUUUUCAUCAGCAUAAUAUCACCUCAGAUAGAAUUGCUCCAACAGCUCUCUCAAUGACGGGCUUGUACAAUCCACACUUGCUUGCUCGCCAACCUUUCCAACCCAAAUCACAUCUGAAUAAAAACCUUGGGGCUCUGCAAUUGAACACAAAUCCGCUGACCAGCCAACCAUCUGAACGGGCAGUUUCCCAACCUGGAAGCCCCGUACGGACAGAGCUGGUUCUUGGGCAAACAGAAGUCACAGAAACCACCCCUGACCAAGCGCAUAAAGAGCGCAUCAGAGACUUUUUGGGUUGCAUGCCUUCUGAACCACAGAGCAAGCCAAUUGAAUUGCAAACUGAUGAUAAACAAUCGUGUCAAGUAGAUGCCGACUCAUUCAAAAAGCUUUACAAAGGUUUAAUGGAGGUGUGGUGGCAGCAAGAAGCAGCAACUGCUGUUGCUGAAACUGUGACAAAAUGCAAGUUGGGCAAUGGAAGGAGACGUGGUGCCGCCGGAUCACGGGGAGACAUGUGGCUACUGUUCAUGGGCCCAGACAGUGUUGGCAAGAAGAAGAUGGCAUCAGCUCUUUCAGAACUAGUAUCCAGGUCCAACCCAGUGAUGAUAAGUCUUGGCUCCCAACGCAGUAAUUUGCAGUCUGAUAUGAGUUUCCGCGGUAAGACAGUGGUGGACCGAAUAGCAGAGGCAGUUAAGGGGAACCCCUGUGCAGUAAUCAUGCUUGAGGACAUUAAUGAAGCAGACAUGAUAGUUCGUGGUAGCAUAAAACGGGCAAUGGAAAGAGGUCGUCUUGCUGACUCUUAUGGUCGUGAAAUCAGUCUUGGAAAUGUUAUUUUCAUCCUCACAGCAAAUUGGUUGCCAGAACAUCUGAGACCCUUAUCGAAGGGCAAUUCGCUUGAAGAAAAGCUUGCCAGUAUAGCAAGGAGCAGUUGGCAGUUAAAGCUAUCUGUUUGUGGAAGGACUGCAAAACGACGGCCCAAUUGGUUACAGGAUGAUGACAGAGCCACGAAGCCUAGGAAGGAGACAGGUUCAGCUUUAGGGUUCGAUCUGAAUGAAGCUGCUGAUACUGAGGAUGACAGGGCAGAUGGCUCACAUAAUUCAAGUGAUCUCACAGUUGAUCAUGAAGAUGACAGUCGCCUCAAUAGCAGGGCCUUACUCACAGUCACAACCUCAGCAGUACCUCGGGAAUUGCUGGACAGUGUUGAUGAUGCCAUUGCGUUCAAGCCAGUGGACUUUAACCCCAUUCGGCUAAACAUCACAGACUCCAUCAGAAAAAGAUUUUCGAAGAUUUUGGGUGAGGGGGUUUCAUUAGAAUUGAGAGAGGAUGCUGUUGAAAAGAUCUUAAGUGGGAUAUGGCUAGGCCGGACUGGCUUAGAGGAAUGGGCAGAAAAGGUUCUCGUUCCAAGCCUCCAGCAGCUCAAGUCCUGCCUUGGCGGCACCAAUAGUGUGUCGGCCAGCGAGUCCAUGGUUGUUCGGCUUGAAUCCGAUUGCAAUUCAGAUUGCCGGGGCCCUGGUGAUUGCCUUACCGGUAGUAUCAAUGUGGUUGUGGUGCCUGAUGGGUUGAGACAACAAUGA